UCCCGGUCUCCAUGGUGUGUCCUGCGAAAGCCAAGACGAGACAACCGUGAAAUGGAAAGCAGUGGAUUGGAAUCUCACACAGUGACGCACCCCACAGAGCUGCUUAUCACUUGCACCAAUGUGGACACUCAGGCAGAGGAAACAGAGCUGGAAGAUCGUGCCCACCAACAGAUAUCAGCCCUUGCUGAACAGUACCACCUUGUAGAUCAAAAUGGGCAUGCCAUUCACUAUGAAAUUCAGGCACUUCCUGGCACUAGCCCUCAAAUGAUGAUCUUGGCUAGUGAAUCUGAAAAUGGACAGGUAUUCCACGUCAUUCCUUCCAGCCAACCAGGAACAGCCCAGCUGAUCAUUCCUCAGGAUAACGAGUCUGCAGAACAUGACCAGAUCAGUGAUAACCUGCAAAAUGUACAGACUGUAACUGCCAACGCUGUGCCAGAAGCCAGCAGCUUCAUUAUCCACUCCAAUACUUCACUUGCUGUGUGUAAUAAGUCACCCACCAGAUGGACUGUUGAAUCCUUUCAGAAACCUAUUCAACCACUUCCUCUUAACUUUCCUGUUUGGGCUCGUCGUCUCAGGAGUUGUGAGAAAAUUGGAGACUCUUACCGUGGUUACUGUUUGAGCGAGGCUGAGCUCAUGAACAUUUUAGGCCUUCAUAAGCAGCAAACAAUGAGUGUUUGGGGAACACGCCAAUCUCCAAGCCCAGCCAAACCUGCCACUCGCUUAAUGUGGAAAUCACAAUAUGUUCCUUAUGAUGGAAUCCCUUUUGUAAAUGCAGGAAGCAGAGCAAUUGUGAUGGAAUGUCAGUAUGGGCCAAGAAGGAAAGGUGCACAGCCCAAGAGAAGUGUGGAGGGAGACAACGCAUCUGGGCAAUCAUACAAAGCAACUUGUCCUGCGAGGAUAUACAUCAAAAAAGUAAAGAAGUUUCCAAAAUACAGAGUUCCCACAGAUCCAAAGAUUGAUAAAAAAAUGAUUAAGAUGGAGCAAGAGAAAGCUUUUAACUUUCUAAAAAAGGAUUUAGAUAGCACAGAGGGAAUUUUAAGAUGGUAUGUGCAGUUACCUGACCAGGAAGCACAUCAGUAUCACAGUCUAGACGCAAGCUGUUUCUCGCCCUCACCUACCUCAUUCCAGCCACCUAAUGAGGAAGAAGAGGAAGUGGUCUGUGAUGAGAACAAUUCUCAACCCUCUCGUCUGCACCCUUGCGUGGCUGAAAAAAUUCGUGACCUUGUGUCCAAAGGAAUUGAUGAGGUUUAUUCCGUAAGAAAACAGUUAAGAAAAUUUGUGGAGCGAGAGCUUUUCAAACCGGAAGAAGUCCCUGAACGGCAUAACCUGUCUUGCUUCCCAACUGUGAAUGAUCUAAAGAACCACAUCCAUGAGGCACAGAAAUCCCUGGGGAAUGGAGACCUCAUCUACGACCAGGAGACUGUUCCAGGAUCAGUGAGAGAGCUGCAGUGGACCUCUGAUAACGGUAGUAUUCUCAAUGAAAUGGUUACAGUUACAUUUGAAGCAACGUCUCAAGAAGAGCAAGUGGAGAAUUCACCCAGUGAAGACAUGUGUCCAGAUACAGCUCAGCUGAUCUCAUCACUUACUUCUCUUCAACCCAAAAUAUUUGCACAGUUACAGGGACUUCAAUUACAGCCCUCUUUCACAUCCUCCGAUGGAACUACUGCCCUCAUUGCAGUGAAUCAGUCGUCUUCCACAUUCACCUCCCCUGAUGAAACUACAGCUGUAAUUACGGUUAACCCCCAAACAUCAUCGUUAACAUCAUCUGAUGCAGCAACAGCCCUAAUUACUGUGAAUCACUCAGCCCCAUCAUUCACAUCUUCUGAUGGGACAACAGCACUUAUUACAUUGAACCACCAGCCCCAGUCAUUUACAUCUGCCGACGGAACUACUUCCCUUAUCACAGUAAGCCAGCCAGGUCUCUUGAAUGCUGGCUCAAACAGUCAGCCACUUGUGCUAAGUCACUUACACAGUCAACCAUGUGCCUCUUCUGUGACUACUCUGCCUGGAUCUGGUCACAACAUAGUCAGUAUGGGACAGCUAGUGACUGUGGAGGAUGCUUCUGGCAUAUCAGGAGAAGUGCACCAGAUUCUGCUGGGGGGAUUACACCCAAUUCCUUUCAGGAUUCUAGAAAACCAGCCAACUAUAGUUGAAGUCAGUCCACUUGAUGCAUUUUGUACCGAGCAAAUUGAAACAAAGAAACAGUCAUCUGAAGCACAGUCUCAUGAAAAUGAAGCUGGAACCACCGACUGCCAGGACCACGCUUGAGCAAAGGAAUGAUGACGAUCUUUUUUUAAUCUCUUUUAAUGCAUUUUUUUGCAGUAGAAUUUAAUAACUCCUCAUAUUGAGGGGAAACAUAUGGACAACAGUCAAUA